AUGCCAAGUUACGCUUUUGUUUGUCACUAUCAUGAACAGCGCGCCCUAUAUGGCGGCAGUUGCGAAAGUCUGUCUGCAGGUACCCUGAAUUUCUUCCGAAAGCGCAGAGCUCAUAGAUGGGUCCAGAUGGCCAGCAAAGUUGCCACUCUUCCAUGUUUGGCUUGCUUGGCGUGGUCGUUCCAAGGCUUGGACUUGAACAAACCAAUGCUGGGAAUUCACAGCGAGUGGCAUCUCAGAGUGGGAUGGAUAGCGCUACCCUUACUAGGAUUGGCCACAGCUCAAGGCUUUCAAGGUCUACCAUAUCGUGAUGUGCGUACCGCAAAGGACCUGUCAGAAAAGACCUCACGAGACCUUUGGUCUCACUUAUAUGUCAAGACAGGGGAUGAGUGCUGUGAUGAAGACCUCAAGAAUCUGAUGCCUAGCUUAAAGGAGAGGAUUCUGUGUGUUGUUGCAAUCGCGCAGGCAUGCAUGAAUAUCUUCUUCUACAUUUACAACUUUCUUGCUCUACCUAAGUGGGGGUCCACAGACCAUCUGCAGGUCAGCAAGCAUGUGAUUGCAUGGAUCGAAGUGGUGUUUGCUUCUGCCUCCUUCCUGAGCUUGUUGUUCUUCCUUAUGGCUGUGUUCUUCUCUGGCUCGUCGUACUAUUUGUUGGGCUUCACGAGCGUGAUGAACGUCACUGGCAAAUUCUCCUGUUUGAAAUUGCUGCCAGUGGUGGAGCCAGGGAGAGUAGUCGACAGGUUGAUCACCGUGUGGAAAGGCAAUGCUGAUCUCUUACAAAACAAAGGAUCAGCUAUUCUUAGUGUCUCCUUGGUAAGCAUUGGUCUGGUCCUUCCACUGGCUCUUGGGCUAUUGGCGCUGCAAGUGAAAGUGAGCCAAGUGGCCUCUGUCGGGGAGCGUCCACCUGACACCUGGACUUGGGAUGAGCUGCUACGUUUUCUGGGCUUUGCCAACAACAUCAUGUCCAUCAACGACCUGGACGUGGCCAAGAUGAACUUUCUUGCAGGACUUGUUCGAGAUGAAGUGGAUCGCGCGACAGCCUUUGGGUCGCCUGAAGCGCCUGGAACCCGUUUCUGUGCCUGGAAACGCAUUAUCAUUGAGACAAUGCACAAGAGCUUGACCGCGCCAGAGUUCUUUGCCUUUUGCGCAACUUUGUCGGCUGAGAAGCUGGCUGCGCAAAUCAUUGGCGUCAAAGAGCUGGAGAUAGGUAGCCCAGUGCGUUUGGCGGUGCCUAGCGUUCUGAAAGAAGGCAGCGUUGGAACCAUUUGCCAGUUGAAGCCUCUGAUGGUCGAGUGGGUAGAUCAUAUCAUGCCAAGAUCUGUGAGGCUUGAGGGAUUUACUGGUGAGUUGAGCGAGGCAUGCGGCCUUUACACUCUGAGCGACUACUUGUGCAACAACCACUUCCCAGUGUACCGAAAGGACCCGUAUGAAUUGGUUCCAGUGGUUGGUAACAGACAUGCAUUGUGUGGUGCUGAUGGCUGGGAACUAAGAAACACAAAAGGCGUAGUGGCAUGGUGCCUGGGCAUCUUCAUGUAUUCACCUGCAGGUGAAUACCCUAGUUGGUGGGUCAGGGGACGACGCAUACCCUCUGACAAGAUUCGCUGUUAUCCCGUGGGGAAAGACACGACUACCCUUCAAUGGCCAGCGGUUUUGGGGCAGCUGGAUCGUGUGGAUAAGACCGGAGUGGCAGAUGAAGAGAAGCGCGAAGAGGCAGCGCACUACGAACGCCAUCCUGAGAGGCUCGUGGAGCCUGUGGAAUUGCUUGACAGCCAUGAAGGCUACGACGCCCGGGAUUGCCAAACCACGCGUGAGGAGGGUGAUGGCCAAGCCACAGAUGAGGCUGGUCGUCAUGAAGUCCACUUAGAGAGCAGAAUGCGUGUUGAUGCAUCUGAUGCUUCUCCCUUCUCCCCUGAGGUUGAUGCAUCGCACAAACGCAGCCAGCCAGGUCAGCCGUCAAAGAAAAAGACCAGACGCCUUAUGCCAAAGGCAGGAGCGAAACAAGCAGAACCGAAGUUCGAGCCAACUACGCCAAUCAUCGGACAUCGCAUGGAUCCUUAA